AGUUGCAAAACAUUUGCAAUGAUAAAUCUCAACAGAGGCUUGUCACCUGAAACAUUUAAGGAGUAACCAAGUUGUGUGCCAUUGAAAGGAAGAAUAAAGUAGAUAGAAACAACGAGCAUCUUCUGUAGAAUGUUUUGUUGUCAUCAGAGUUUUUUCUUAAAGGUUGAAAGUCCUAGAAUGCCUAUAGAAGAAAAUGCUUUCAAUAAGACAAUAUUUAGAACUUUCUGAGUAAGCGUAAGCUUGAGGUUCUUACUGUACAGGAGAGUAGAAGAAAGUUCACUUGAAAGAUGAGUAACCGCUUGUGGUUCUGGUAACACAUCCUGAUAUUCCUUUUUUGCCCCUAAAAAGAACUUCCUCACAUUCUUUCAAGGUUAGGAUUUUUUUACAAAACAUAAAGAGCAACUUAGUAAUAAUAUUUAUGAUCAUUUCCUAGCAAUCAGGUAUGUAUCAAACUGUUUUCUUGUUUUCUGAGAGAACAUUUCUAGUAGCAGUCUGAGACUCAGAAGAAGUGGUCCUUGGCUCAGGGUGUUCCCAUCUUUGAUGCGAGGUUUAGCAUUCCUCUCAUGUAGCAUUUUAGUACACAAGCCUUAUCCUAGGUUGUGUACCGAGCUCCUGUGAUGCAUGGUCACUUAUAGGAUCAUAGACUCAGAGGAAAGUGGGGCUGGAACAGACCUCAUAAGAUCAUCUAAUCCAGCCCCCUGCUCAAGGCAGAAGCAUCCCUGACUAAACCAGCCCAGCCACUUACAUUGAAGUUCUAGCUAAACCCUAUAUAACUGACCCUGUCAGCUAUGUUUAAAAAUAGCUUAGGAUGUAUUUCCUUUGUUUUCUCAGGCCUGGAUGGUUUGUGUGUGAGCUAUUGUGGUCUUUUUGCUGCUUUUGGGGUAAGCGCACAAGAAGUUACUAACACUCUAGAAAUAGAUGUUGCAAAUUAGUGUCAGGAUUGUGUGAAGUCCUGCAAUGAACUUGUUCCUUUGUAUUGUUGCAGUGUCACGAGUGACCAAGGACUAGUAACAUACUUUAUUGUGGAUUGAUUUUUUGACUUUUAUAGUCAUCAGUAAAUUAAUUGGGUUGAAAUUGAUUGGCCUUCUAACUUGCAUUGGCUCUUAGAAAUAAUGCAUGUUAUAUUCUCCAAGCUGCCUGGGCAUAAAAAUAGUUCUGGCUAUCUCAUAAAAUGCAGUAAAGUUGCAGAUACGUUGUAAUGGCUAAUAAACUAUUUCUGCAUCAUUACGGAGGUUUCUACCGUAUAUCCUUUUAUCUGUGUUCAUCAAUUUGAAUUUGCCAUCCAAAAGUCACUGAUGGCCCCACAGACUUCUGUGUACCCAGAGCAUAAGUGUUGCCGUUUUCUGUCUCCAGGCUGCGCUGCUCCGGAUUCAUGAGUUCUCUGUGUAUUUGCUGACCAAAUACUGAGGAUGAAUUCUCUCUCUCUCUCUCUGUCUCCUUAGGCUCCCAGUCACCAUGCUGACAUUUAGCAAGGUGGUGGUCGGGGUGAUUGUGGCAGUUCAAACUGUGGCUCUUGUCCACUUCUUCUUCCUUGUGCCUCAAAGAAGCAGUUCCCUGCAGCAAGAGAAGCAGUCCCGGGUGCACGUCCUGAUCCUCUCCUCCUGGCGAUCGGGGUCUUCCUUCACUGGCCAGCUCUUCAGCCAGCAUCCUAAUGUCUUCUAUCUGAUGGAGCCUGCCUGGCACGUGUGGACUGCGAUGCAUCAGAAUACUGCCCACAGCUUACACAUGGCAGUGCGUGACCUAGUCAGGUCUGUUUUCCAGUGUGACAUGUCUGUGUUUGAUGCAUACAUGUCUAGGGGGAGGAAAAAGUCUGAUUUGUUUCAGUGGGAGACUAGCCGGGCCCUGUGCUCCCCACCUGCAUGUGAUGCCUUCCAGCACGGUGACAUAAUUACCAAGUCUCACUGCAAGACUGUCUGUAGCAAAUACCCAUUCAGCACGGUGGAGCAGGCUUGCAGGCUUUAUAGCCAUGUUGUCCUCAAGGAGGUCCGGUUCUUUGACCUGAAGGUUCUCUAUCCGCUUCUCAGUGACCCCUCGCUGAACUUCAGAAUCAUCCACCUGGUCCGUGACCCUCGGGCUGUAUUUCUAUCCCGUGAGAAGGCUGCGCCUGAGCUGGUACUUGACAGUGACAUUGUGGUGGGGCCCAAGAACAACCAGGGAGAAAUGGGCCCUUAUAACGUGAUGCAGGAAAUCUGCAAAAGCCACAUCCAGAUUUAUACAGAAGGCAGCCAGGCUCUCCCCAGCUCUCUCAAGGGCCGCUAUACGCUGGUGCGCUAUGAAGAUAUUGUUAAAGAUCCCCUGGAAAAGACUGCGGAGCUCUACAAAUUUGCAGAACUCGGCUUCCUGCCGAAACUGCAGAGGUGGGUGUACAACAUCACCCAUGGGAAAGGACUGGGGGCAGAGGCCUUUGACAUCAGCUCCAGAAAUGCAAUGAGUGUCUCUCAGGCCUGGAGGAAGUCCCUGCCCUUCCACAAAAUACAAAAGCUGCAACAGGUGUGCAAGGAUGCCAUGGAGCUGCUGGGCUAUCGACUGCUGGCAUCAGAGGAGGAGCAGAAGGACAUGGCACUGGACCUCUUGCUUUCUCAGCAUCCCCCUACCAGGCAGAAACAGGAGCUGAGGACAGAAAAGUAGCCCACAGCUCUGGCCAGCUGAGAGCCACAGAAUGCGCAGCUCUGCAACAGGACUGAGUGGGAGGGUGAGUGAGUGGUGCAUGUGUACAUGCAUGUGGAGGGGGUGGCAAAGGACCCUGGGACAAAGCAGAGUGGCAGGCCCUAUGCCCAUUGCUGACCUCCUUCCCCACUGUUCACUUUCCACAUGACCCAGUCCAGACCAGUGACUGCAGUUCCCUGGACAGCCCAGCCCUAUGGAGUAACACAGGCCCUUGUUCUUCUGACAGUCUUUGCUUUGGGUGGGACAGAACUCCGAAAAAGUGCAGAUUAGGGUGGACAGAACUCCAAAGGAGCAGGACCAGAUGGCAAAGUAGGAUCCCAACAAGGCCACCAUUAAACAGCAACAGAACUGCGGGCAGGAGCUGUAUUCCUAGAGACUGGGAGGCACGAGCAAAUGUCACUCACAGUGAGCAUCUACUAGCCUCUGUUACCUUAAUGCCAAAGGAGAGACAAACUGGAUUUGAGGCAAGUUUUGUGGCAGGCAAGAAAUUCUUGUGGGUGAUAUCUCUUAUUAGGGCACCUGUGUGGUUGGGACUUUCUGAGGUUGUGGAGCUUUUUUGCCGAUCUUUUCUUUUUCUGAUCUGUGCUCUGUACCUGGGUGAUCAGCAUUGGUGGUGGUGUUGCAAAGGAUCUGUGUUCACUUCCCCCCUGGUGUUGUAUUGUAAAAGCAACAGAACAGCCCUGGCUGAACUAAUAAAAGAGAACUCAUUUCUCUCUGGGUUGGAAUAUUGUGGUUAAUUCCUGGGAUAUGUGAACCAAUUUUGUCCCAAUAAUUAAUCCCCAGUCUUCUGACUUUCUGAAAUAAAUCAUUUUCCCCCCCAGGAGAUCUCAAAGACAGCAUUCAAGUCUGAGGAAGCAGCCCCUGUCAGAUAACGUUUAUCCAAAGUGAAAUGCCUGAGGUGUGUUAAUACAAGGUGAAGGCAGAGAACGUGAAUACAUGCAGGAGGAUGUUCAGAAGGUGCCCAGGUCACGUAGCACUAAGUGUGGUACAGAUAUCAGAAUAGGAAAGGCUUCUGCUGCAACCCAGACUUGCCUAUGGUACAGGCACAGCAGAACUGGGAUAGUUGGGGCUAUCUGCUAUAGGAAAAGCUGUGUGGAGCCACAGGGGUGCUGUUGGGCAGGGACCGAGGGGAAUGAUGGAUGCCAGUGCUGCUGGGAGUGGGGGAGGAAGGAAACAGCAGAGCAAGAGACUUUCCUGUUCAGCUGCUUCAUGUGCCAGGGCAUGUUCAGCUCCGUGGGGCAUUCGGGUUUAAUUUUACUGACUAACGUGUUCACCACAGUCCAGCAAGUCAGAAAUAUGGCAGGGACAUGAGUGACUUUGUUCCCCAAUGUGUUUGGAGGAGGGUGCUCCAUACCAGAGCCAGUU